AUGCCGUACGCUUCUUCUUCAACCGCAGAAGAUCAAAGUCAAAAAGAUCAACAGCAACCUCAUUUCAUGCAAAAUUCUGGUCAUGACCAAAAUUACUCCAACUAUCCUGCUCAAGAAUUUUAUGGAGGCAAUGACCGAUACCAGGCCGAGAACUGGAACCACCAAAACCAAAACCAAAACCACAACCACAAUCACAAUCACAACCACAACCAAAGUCAAGAUACACACAGGUACCAACAACAACAACAACAACAACACCACUCGGCAUCAGGGUAUGAGAACUACUUUGACUAUCAUAGUCAAGAUCCAAAUCCAAAUCAACAUCAAAUACAACCAUCGCCGCAAAGACAUGCCACCAUGGUGAAUCCUCAUCCAGUUUCAAAUUCAAAAUCCCAUUUUACCCAGAUGAAUGCUUCUGCUCCAGUUUUCAGUCAAACAAACCACUCUUCGUCAUCAUUAGCUUUUGAAAAUGGUCAUCAUGCUCAACCUUUGAGAGGCUAUUCCAAGAGUUCCUCCUCGUCGCAUAUCCCUUCCUCGUCCACUAUUCAGAUCCCAGAAGACUCUCAGGCAAACUAUCUCUCUGGCGGUGGCAAUGGUGGCGGUGCCUCGCAACUGCUACAUGGCUCGAGAAAACCAGCGCGCAAGCCUCCAUCAAGCCACCAGUUUGACCAUGUUAUUCAAGAAAUAACUGACAACAGCAGACGAGUAGUUUCAACACCUCCCCAGCAUAAUUAUUCACAAGCUUUACCUAGUGAUUCAAGAACAAAGUCAUUAUCGUCAACAUCAACCUCAGCAUCCAAUCGGUUCAGAGGAUCUAGUCAACAAUCAACUCCGCAAUUGGACCAGCCACCUGUACUGAGCAAUCGACCUUCAAUCACGGGCAGCUCUUCUCCUUCAUUGAACCACAGUUUCUCGAUAGUUUCAAAAUCGCGGUCUUUUUCAUCAAUGACCAAAUUGACCUCGUUGUCGUCAAAGAAGUUUGGAUCUUCGUCGUCAAUCUCCAAAAAUGAAAAACAGAGCGUUGCUUCUUCAAAGACUUUGGUUUCGCACCCGAGCCAAAGCUCCUCGGUUUACCCAGCCUUGUUGUCGGAGGUGGCUAAAUUGUUCAAGGAUGCCAUAAUCUUGACUAUAAAUACCAAAGAUGGGUUGGAAUAUCACGAUACUUUUACUGGUAAAAUGGCGGUUGACAUCUUGUGUCGAAUAAUCCGCACCAACGAUCGAAACUUGGCGCUUUUAAUCGGAAGAUCCUUGGAUGCCCAAAAGUUUUUCCAUGAUGUCACCUACAACCAUAGGCUAAGGGACUCGGUGCAUGAGAUCUACGCGUUCAAUCAUGUAUAUAACGAUGUGGAGUUUUUCCAUGACGAUGGAAACAGCAGCAACAACAAUAGCGCAACCACGUCCAAGCAUGGUUCAUUUGUGGAUAGUUCUCAGUUUCAACAAGCCAUGCAUGAUAACUUUUUAUCGCAGCAGUUGCCGUCGCAAGUGAAUCAAUCUUCGACGGCAGCUGACUAUGCUGCGUCCCAGUUGAAUAGAUUGAGUGGAGGCAACAGUAAUUAUAAUUAUAAUAAUAAUACUAGCAGCAGCAGCAACAACAACAACAACAACAAUUAUAAUCUCAACAAUACCAGCAACAAUAAUAUUGUCACUGUUGCUGCUCCUGCUGCCAAAAAUCUCACAGCUAGUCAACAGACUGGUGUCAAUGGUGUCUUUACGAUAUUGACAGACUGCUACUCGCCCACUUGUAGCAGGAACCAUCUUUGUUACAGUAUAGCAUGCCCAAGAAGGUUAGAGCAACAGGCGAGAUUAAACUUGAAACCUCAAGGUGGGUUGAAAAGAGCCGUGUCGAAAUUGUCCUUACACGAUCAAGAAGAAAAUGAAACAUUGUGGCACAAGACUGUUCCCCAGUCGGUAUUGGACAACUUGGAUAAACAUGAGAGAACUAGACAGGAGUUGAUUUACGAGUUUAUCUAUACCGAGCGAGACUACGUCAAGGAUUUGGAGUUUAUGACUGAUUUCUACAUCAUGCCGUUGAUAAACCCCGCCAACAAUAUCAUUCCUGAAAACCAGCGUGAGACUUUUAUCCAUACCGUCUUUGGUGGAGUCAAUGACUUGUUGCGAUUGGGUAAAAGCUUUAGCGAGGCGUUGACAAAGAGGCAGCAGCAACAGAAGCCGGUGAUUGAGUCGAUUGGUGAUAUAUUCUUGGAACAUGUGGGCGACUUUGAACCCUUUGUGAGGUAUUCGGGGAACAAGGUUUUUGCCACUUUUGAGCAUGAGCGUCAGCAACAGGUAAACAUGAAGUACCCCAGAUUUUUAGACGCGAUUGAAAAGAAACCAGAGUCGAGGAGACAGGAUUUGUCCUCGUUUUUGAUAAAGGGUGUCCAGCGUCCUGCGCGGUACCAGUUGUUGUUGGCAGGGAUCUUGAAACACACCAAGCCCGAGAGUCCCGAUUACAAGAAUUUGGUCAAAGCCAAGGAAGAGAUUGAAGCGUUGUUGGUGAGGAUCAAUAUCCAAACUGGUGAAAGCACCGAUCGUCAUAAGAUCAUGGUUUUGCAUAGAUUACUUGGCAAGCAAACUUUGGAAAGCAAGUUCAAUUUCAAAUUGUCGUACUACAAUAGGAUCAUUUACCAGGUGACGCUCAAUCGCAAGAGGGAUAACGAAAAGAUUGACUUGUAUCUCUUUGAGCACGCUUUAUUAUUGGUCAAGCACAAGAUACAGAACAAGAGAGAGCACCACAAGGUUUUUGAAAAACCCAUUUUACUUCCGUUGUUGUUUGUAAACAGUGGAUUUGAAAUCCCAACGUCAAGGACCUUGAUGCACCAUCGGUACAACAUGUCAGUGGUUUCCGAUGUUGGCUUGAGGAACCAAAGAGCUGAAAGCACCAACUACAUUGGAAACACUUUGUCAUCGAACAAUGCAAGCAAAUUCCAGCUCAACAUUCUCGGGAUGGGCAGCAACCAAGUGCAUGCAUCGUUGUUUGCCGAAGACGUUGCCAUACAGUCGCAAGUGUUGCAGCAGAUUUCGCAACAGCAAAAGAAACUCAUUGAUGCAAAUGACUUGUUCUCGAUGAGCAAAUACGAAACGAGAAGGUUUGCAGGUAACAACAAGAUCAAUUGUGCCGUGCCAUGCUAUGGUGGAAAAAAGCUUUUGUACGGCACUGAUUCUGGAGUGUGGGUGAGCACUGUGCGGUCUAUUAGCUCAACUUCUACUGAAAAGAUUUGCUCCGAUCCCACCAUGGUGAUCUCCAAGCCAUAUACGACCCAGAUUGAAGUGUUGGUGGAGUAUUCGAAACUUUUGGUUUUGAGUGACAAGGUCUUGUACGAAUUUGACUUGUCCUGUACCGAUUCACUAGACCACGUGAAGAACACCAAGCUGGGCAAAUUGAUCAUGACCCAUGUCUCGUUUUUCAAAAUCGGCGUCUGCGAUGGUAAAUUGUUGGUGAUUGGAGCCAAGACUGGAAGCCAGCACUCAAUCUGUAUUUUCGAGCCGUUGAAUCCCUUUGAUCCCAAACAAAAGAAUCGAAACAAAAACAAGAUUGAGUAUCAAGAGAUUCCAUUUACUUCGGACCCGAUUUCCAUUUCGUUUUUAAAGAGCAAAUUGUGUAUUGGAUGCACAAAGGGGUUUGAGAUUUUGUCGCUUCAGUCUGGCAGCAAGGAGCCAAUAUUGGACGAGGCCGAUCCGUCGUUGGACUUUGCCACGCAAAGAGAGCUGGUUACUCCUUUGGCCAUCCAUAAAUUGGGCAAGGAUUUCCUUUUGAGUUAUUCGGAGUUUGUGUUUUUGAUCAAGGGAAACGGAUGGAGGACUAAUCACGAGUGGGGGAUCUUUUGGGAAGGCAACCCUCGUAACGUUGCUUUGUUCUUUCCAUACUUGUUGUCGUUUGAGCCUGGGUUCAUUGAAAUUAGAGAUUUGCACACCACGAAUUUGUUGAGAGCUCUAGUUGGAGAUAACAUUAGAUAUCUCCAUUCCAAUGAGCAUGAAGCAAUGUUUGCAUGUGAAGAGAAUGGCUAUGAUAUAAUCAUUUCCAUUGAUUUCUUGAACUUGAAACCAAAGUCUCCUAGUAAGUAA